GCGGCCGAGCCGGCUCUGAGGGGAGAAGAGCAGCAGGAGAAGCGGCGGCGGCGCCAUGAGGGCCGGGCGGGGGCUCCCACGUGGGCAGAGGAACGAGGGCCCCGUGUGCUAGCAGCCUGCCUGUCAUGCUGGCCUGUCUCCCCGGGCCAGGAGACCUCCCCUUCCAGCUGCUUUCUUACCCGCAGAUGAACGCUGGACUUCAGAAAUGGGACACUACACAGAAAAUGAGAGCCGCACAGCACCCUACUCCAGCAGAGUUGGACGCGUAUGCUAAGAAGGUGGCCAACCAUCCUCUGACUAUCAAAAUUUUCCCCAACAGUGUCAAGGUCCCCCAGCGGAAACACGUCCGCCGCACUGUGAACGGGCUGGACACCUCCGGGCAGAGGUACAGCCCCUAUCCGCCGUCGCAGGCCGCGGUGAAGGCGGGCCUGCUGGCCAUAGUCCGCCGGCCGGCGAAAGGCGUCGUCAAGGACUUUGACGGGAGCCGGACGCGCCUGCUGCCAGACGCCAUGAUGAACCCCCCUUCCGCCCCCUACCCGGCACCCAGCACUUUAAGCCACCCACAGGCGUUGGCCCGCCAGCAGGCCCUGCAGCAGCAGCAGCAGCAGCAGCACGUCCAGAGCCUGUCCCAGCAUCCUCAGGGGAUUCCCCCGGCCCUGCAGCAGCCGCACUCUCAGAGCGUGGGGCACCCGUCUCUGCAGCAGCAGCAGCAGCAGCAGCAGCACCCCGCCAGCCACUUGCUCCAGCAGCAGGCGCUGCCGCCGCCGCCCGGCUUGCACGGGGGCCGGAAGAUGGCGGACGCCGACGCCCCGCCGAACGUGACUGUGUCUACCUCAACCAUCCCCCUCUCCAUGGCUGCCACGCUGCAGCAGAGCCAGCCCCCGGACCUGAGCAGCAUUGUGCACCAGAUCAACCAGUUCUGCCAGGCCCGCGCGGGCGUCAGCGCUACCUCAGUGUGCGAGGGACAGAUCGCCAACCCCAGCCCCAUCAGCCGCAACCUCCUGAUCAGCGCCAGCACCCGGGUGUCGGCCCACAACGCCCCCACGCCCCUGCCUUCCUGCGUGGUCAACCCCGGCGACCACACCGUUGCCGCCGCUGCCGCGGUCCCGCCCUCAGCCACCAUGGGCGUCCCCCUGGGCGUCGUCGGCCGGGGCCCCUCCGCGUACCAAAGUGAAAUGAAGCAGGCGGCUGCGGUGGCCUGGAACCAGCAACAGCUUGCUCACCUGCAGCAGAUGUGUGGCGAGGGGGCUGUGGGCCCCUCCGGGAUGAUGGGCAACCCCCCUGCCCGGGAGCUGCCCGGGCAGGCCUUCGCUGGCAAGGCACCCGGCUACGCCCUGGAACUCUGCAUGGGCCAGCCGUUCAACGUCAAGCCGCCGCUGGAGAAGCCUACCCCCUCGCCGCCCGUCAACGGCUUGCCCGGCCCAGUUCCCUACACCAACGGGCACUAUUUCCAGCCCCUGUGGAAUAACAUUCUGCCCACCCCCAACAGCGACAGCUCGGGCUCCCAGGACCUGGCCGUGCCUUUCCACGGGGCAGGGGGGCCGCCCGCCAUGGGGGCCGCCCUGGAGUGCGCGGCCGGACCUCACUACCGAGCCGGCCAGGGCGGCCUGAUGCAGACGAUGGAGUACCUGAGCGGAGACCUGCAGCAUUCCUGCCUCCGCGAGCAGGGCGGGGUGGUGGUGCUGGGCAAAGCCCCCCGCCCCCCGCCCGCCAUGAACCGAGCGGCCGAGCCCAGCGAUAGUCGAAGCCUUCAUAUUCAGCACCCAGGGUAUAGAUAAGGCAGCGGGCACUUUCACGGGCGGCAGGAGCGGCCGAGGGUUAGUCUUAAUUUGAAUUUAAUGAGCAACGUGUGUGGCUGUUCCUUUGCUUUGUGUUUGGUUUCUUUUUUAACUUGCAAACUUCUGUGAUCAUCGUUGUAAACUGCUGAAACGGGAGCCCACAAAUGGCAGACCUAAAACCAUCCCGUGGGGUCAACGCCCUCCGGUCCUUCUGCUUCUUUCCCACUGAGUCAAAUCCGGACCCUCAUUCCUCUCCAAAUCUGUUUCCGCCCCACGGUGCUCCGCACCUUGUGGGACUGCAGUGCGUGUGCAUAUUCUGGGCUUAGUCGGGUAGCAUCACAGCUCGGAUUUCUUUUCCUGGUUCCUCUUGAAAAAAGAUUGCAGCUUGCUCCGGCGGAGAGCAAUGUGCCCCUUUCCACACCUUCUAAAACGUCUGUCUCACAAAAAGAAAGGCGGAAUUUGAAGUUGUGCCAAAUGUUUUGGACUACAACACCCAUCGGCCCUGGCCCAUGUGGACAGGCACUUAAGGGAGUUGUGGUCCAAAAUGUCUGGAAGACUGAUGACCCCUGCCAUCGAGACGGGGUCAUCAGAAGCCAUCAGGGAUUUGUGAUUCCCCCCCCCCCUUUCUCUUUUUGCUGGGGAGACUCCGGAGUCUCAGCCGGCGUGAGGCUUGUCUUAGUCCAGCUGUGAGGGCGUCCUUCUGGAAAGAGGAGGUGUGGGCAGGCAGGCCCUUUUCGGAACGGUUUUGAGCCACUUAGGUCCCCAAUACGACAAGAGAUCCGCACCCCAUCACCGGGGUUUUGUCGCUUCGCACCCUGGCUUCUGCCUCCCCGGCCGAUGUUUCCCUACGCCCAUUCUCUCCCCUCCCCUCCAAGAUAAGGACUUGAAGACAUAAUGAUCACCGUCAAGUUUGGAAUUUUAAAAAAAGCCAAAAACAAACGUCACAGCUGCCUUUUUUUUAUUCUUUCUCUGUACACUGGCUAAAACGAUUGCUGUACACUGUAAACUCAGACGUGUAAUAUUUCUGUGUGAAUGUUACCUGGUAGCGUUGGGUCUGAGUAGCACUGUGGGGGGUGAACCCACUGCCCUGUCCUCCCCACAGCCCCGGGGGACAGGCGGAGGGUGUGUGUGUGGAAAUGACGAUGACGGAAGCCUUAAAGCGGUCGCUCCUCCAAUUCUCCUUAAUGAGCAUGGGUUAAACUCUAAAAGCUAUCAGACAAAAACGUUCAAUUAAUGCUAAGGAUAACUUUUUGUUUUAAAAGAAAAUGGCAAAUUUACAGAUGUUAAAGUGACGUCUUAGGUCAGCUAGCGGUUCUUAAGAGGGGGGAAUUAGAAACAGUUUUAAUCUGUAUAUCUCUCUUGAUUUAGACAUAUAGUUCUGGGCCGUAGCAACCCUAAGUAUCUUUUUCAGACUUUGCUUCUGUCCUCCUUCAGACUCUCUGCCCCCUACCCACCCCUGACAGGACCCUUAGCACCACCUCGGUUAUUUUAAAAUCCCUCCAAGAGUGUUAGAAGGGUUGGGGGCACUUCUUAGCGCUGUAGCGCUGUCUCUUUAGAGCAAAAAUGAAGUGAUCUGAACUCUCUCUCUCUUUUUCAAAAAGUGGAUUAAAUUAUGCGUCGGCUUGCGUUGCCUUAA